AUGUCUGUUCCACGAUCUGAACUCCGAGCCCGUCUCCCGCCGUCAAUGGAAUUCAGCGACGGUUCAGCCACUUCCAAAACCUCACCUCCAGAGGCUCGUAAAUCCAGCGACACACCCGCUGGUCGAGCUGCAGCUCGUUUUGCUGUUGCUGGCAAUGCCAUCGUCACUGGUGGAGCUGGAGAUAUCGGCUCUGUCGCUUGCAGAGCCUUGCUUGAACACGGCCUCCAAGGUCUAGUGAUUUUCGACAUGCAUCCCGAUGCAGGCCAAGAGGUUACCGCCAGCCUUCAAGCCGACUUCCCUGAAGCAAAGAUCACAUUUAUCAAAGUCGAUGUGACUGAUUCUCUUGCUGUCACAACAGCUGUAACCGAGGCUGAGCAAGCCAUUGGACCUAUCAACCUCUGCUUCUGCUUUGCAGGCAUUGCGUUUGCAUCACGCGCCUUUGACAUUACCCCUCAGCAGUUCAGAACUAUGCUUGACGUCAACACCACUGGUUCUUUUCUAGUUGCGCAAGCUGCGGCAAAGUCUAUGGCAAGCCGAGGUACCGGCGGUUCAAUUAUCUUGAUGGCGAGCAUAUCAGGUCACAUAGUCAACUUUCCUCAGCCGCAGGCACACUACAAUGCCGCAAAGGCUGCUGUACUUUCCCUAAAGAGCUCCCUAGCUGCUGAAUGGGCUGUACACGGUAUUCGGGUCAAUAGUAUCAGUCCCGGCUACAUGGACACUAUCCUGAAUGAAGGUGAUGGCUUGGCUGAGCACAGAGCUGCAUGGAAAGACAGGACUCCUUUCGGCCGCAUGGGAAACCCGGAAGAGCUCACUGGCGCUAUCAUACUGUUGGCCAGUAAGGCUGGGAGUUAUAUGACUGGUGCGGACUUGCUUGUCGAUGGAGGUAUUAGUGUUCUGUAG